AUGUCGACAUUCGACGGGAACGUAGCAGAGCUCCCUGACAUUCGCAUCGAUCGCUUCACACGCAGUGAAUCGUUACGACCGCCUCUCGCCCUAUUCCUCAGUCAUGUCCACACCGACCAUCUUGUUGGGCUGGAAACAUGCAAGUCGCCCUUCAUUUACUGCUCGCCAGCUACGCGAGAGAUUCUCUUGCGACUGGAGAAGUAUCCUCACCGAAUGAACUUUGCCAAAGGCAUUCUUGAGUCACGCAAACAGACCUACAAAACCAUAGGGAAACUACUCAAACCAAUACCAUUGGAGACACCAACGACGCUUGAGCUAGCUCCUGGCCGAAGCAUUCGCGUCACCUUGUUCGACGCGAACCACUGCGUCGGCGCAGUCAUGUUCUUGAUCGAGGACGAGAACAAGGCGAUCCUCUACACUGGAGACAUCAGAUCUGAAUUAUGGUGGGUCAACUCUCUCAUCCGCAAUCCUCUUCUCCUUCCCUAUGUUGCAGCAAAGGAUGGGCCGCCGCUCAAGCGCCUCGAUACGAUAUAUCUUGACACUACGUUUGCAUCCAAAAAGGAUCACUACCGACAGUUUCCGACCAAAGCAAGUGGCGUCAUGGAGCUUCUCAGGCAAGUGUCCCGUUACCCAGCUGAUACGCUAUUCUACUUCGACGCCUGGACAUUCGGAUACGAGGAGGUUUGGCAAGCGCUCUCAAUCUUCCUGGGAUCCCAGAUUCACGUGGACGACUAUCGAUACGAACUGUACAAAUCGCUGUUCAAGAACGAUAGCAUGCCUGCACCGGAAGCAUUCAAGCUCAUAGGUGCCAAAUGCGGGAAUCACAUCCAGGAGGGGUGCCUCAGUACGCAACAGCACCGCAUUCACAGUUGCGAGAAAGGCACUGGCUGUAGUGUAUGGAACAAAAACUUUGUCCGCAUCACGCCCAUCAUUUCUCGGCACGAGGGGCGGGAUAUGCCCGAGCUGGGUGCUGGAGGCGGUCAUGGCGAUUUGAACCAACACCACGCCCUUGACGUUGAUAACGAGGCUGUUGUGUCUGCAAUGAUGCAAAUCUGCGCCGUCAAAUUGCCGGAUCAGCCAAGUCUGCUCGAUAGUAUUGAGCAAAUGCUGACAACGGCUAUGAAUGACCCGGGAAGCUCUCUUGUGCUCGACGCUGUCGAUAUAUCUCAAAGUGGCGAUGUCUUUGACGAUCUAGACGGCCUUCCCUUGGAAAGCAUACCAGCAGCACUGGCCAAGCGCGUUACGCGGCUGAAGCAGCAAGCAAAAGGCCCACCACGCAGUGAUUCGUCAACUAUUCAAGGACUGCCAAAGCAGAUCACCUUCCCAUACUCGCGACACUCUUCCUUCGGUGAGCUCUGCCAUCUGAUUGAGGCGUUCAUGCCUAAAGACAUAUUGCCUUGCACGGUCGAGAAGAAUUGGAAGCCUACACAAUCGAUGGGGUACUUGUUUGGCCACCUGUAUGAUCAGGCGCCUGUGUUCAGACAUGAUCAAGUCAUGUUGCAAAGAGGGGACGUCAAUACAGCUGUGACCUCACGCCCAGUGAGUCGCAACAGGUACUCGCAGAACACGCAGGACUAUGACCGUGUUCUGUCGCAGCUGCGCAGCCGGGAGGUCUCGCCGCCUCAAGCUAGUCGACGCCGUUCGGCGCAGAAAGCAGGAUUCGAACAAGAGGAUGAUACAGGAAAGCGUAAGAAGCUGACAUCCCGGCCUGAGCCGUCAGUUGAGCUUUGUCAACACUCUCCGCUUCGAGGAAUCGAGGUUUCUAGCGGACCUUCUGGUCACGAGAUCAACGACGCUGGUCUCGCGGGACCCAGGUCAUCUCAAGGUGAUAUGUGGCUGCCACAAGAUCUCAACCACUACUCACCAACGACCAAGCGCGCGGAGCCUGCUUCGAAAAGAAGAUUGUACAUUGGUGGCCUGGCAAAUCAUACUACCGAGACCGAACUGAAAGACUUCUUUAAGGACUUUGCUGUAAGUCAUAUUGACAUACCGACUGAUCCGCAGACGAAAGGCCCCGCUCGGUACGCUUUCGCCACUAUGCCGACAAUCUCUGAGGCGGAGCGCGCUGUCAACGAACUUGCCGGCAAGACUGUGAUGAACCGCAAAGUCAAGGUCGAACUUGCUCGUAGAGGUCAGAAAGACGCCUCUACAGGACAAGCGAGUAAGAGGAGAAAAAGCUCCACCGAUGUUACCAGAGCAACCUCCGUGGACCAUACACCAGCCGAACGAGUUCAGGACCUUCAAACGGUACACAAAGAAUGGACUCACCACCCUCUCAUUGUCGAUGAACGCUCUUCGCCAAGCCGUCAGAUCAACAGCUGGCGCAGGCAGACUGCAGAGGCACGGCGUAAAUCGUCGGUUGGCGAAGAUCUAUUUAGUUGGGACAGUCUCGAAGCACCGCGCCGAGUGAGCCGCACAUCAUUCAGACGUCAAUCUUCGAUACGAGAGUCGCCACAUAUACAACCAGAAGGCUAUGGCCGCUUGUCGCCUAUCACUCCCCCGGCUGUCCAAGUUGACGCCGAAGCUGAUAUUGCAGCCAACCUGGAUGGACGGGAUGCUGAGUCUGUGAUGAAGACUGAGCUCGAUGAGGUGGAGCAGGAGGCGGAGUUAAGACUUGCUCUGCAGCACGAAGCAUAUCAUGCGGCGUUGGGCGAAGGAGAGCUCAAGUGGUCAGAGAUCGGGCUGGUCAGCGUUCACGGACAUCAAGUGAAGGAGGAGGAACUGUGA